CCACUUUAAAUUCAGGCAUGUGUGGGGGUGUUUGCGCGCGGGGCUGUGACUCAGUGUAGGCUAAUUGCCUAAUCUUAUAGCCCACUACAUAGGGCGAAUCUUUAAUGCAUGUCGUCUUAUGUCAGUGUCUGAAGACCCUGCUCUGCUCUCCAUGGAGGCUAUGAGGAGGAGACUCCCAGAACUGUCGGUGCACUAAACGCUGGGACGCACUUGACUCCGCAGGAGCGGAUCUGCAGCGCAGACACUGGCUGUUGUGUCAUGUGGCGUGCGCACGCCCUAGAUAAGAAACAAACGUGUAAACAUGCUUGAGUGUCGGAAGAUUUAUUCACACACCGACAUGGAAAGAGGACUUAUUAUUGAUGCAUAUGGCCCAGAACGCAUCUAAUUAUUAAAUCUGGCUAAUAAGAUGUAUCUAUUAGAUACCUAUUAGCUCUCUUUCCUCCUCCUCGCCUUCUCCCUCCCUUUGCAGAUGUUGCCUCUCGAUCUGAGCAUCUUAUCAGGACCAUUUACCUUUGCGGCUGUCUGCAGCCACAGCUCACCACAUAGUCACGCUGGCGUGGAGGGGAGCAGCGGAGGCACAUCAUUCUGCUGAUCCCAGCACCUUUGCUUAUCAAGGGAAGCACCAGCACCUCCUUGAUCGGUUCCCUCCUCCUCUUUUUUUUUUUGCCGAUCACCAUCCCACGACAGCCAAACCGGAGGAAAGUAAUUGGGGAGGGGGAAGCGAGGACACACCCGCACAUACUGUAGGCUACCCGGUGUACACGGCGAGGAUGCUGCUGGAGACAACAUGAGGUGAAUAUCAUCUACUGCCCCAAAUUUGGAUUUUUUUUCUCAACCAGCUCUGAAGACAGAAGACCUGAUCUUCGUGGCUGGUUAUUCACCUUCCUCGUGUUCAGGAGGAGCAUCAACUCACAUCACAUAUGAAAAAGAUGUCUGCAGUCAGAUCCUAGGUGACAUCCUGUGGCCGUCAGGUCUUUACGGCGUUGAGCCCCCACCCUCUCCUGCCCCCCGCCUGCAGUUCUCCAGGCUGCAGGACCCAGACUCACUGAAAAGUGCAGGCCUCCUCCCCCUGCAGAAUGACUGUUGCCACAGGCGACCCCUCUGACGAGGCGGCUACACACCCGGGGCAGGACUACGAUCCGGAGGGCGACCAUGAGUGUUGUGAAAGGGUGGUCAUCAACAUCUCAGGGCUGCGCUUUGAGACUCAACUCAAAACCCUCUCCCAGUUCCCAGAGACUCUGCUGGGGGACCCCAAAAAGAGGAUGCGGUACUUUGACCCACUAAGGAACGAGUACUUUUUCGACAGGAACAGACCCAGCUUUGAUGCCAUAUUGUAUUAUUACCAAUCAGGGGGCCGGCUAAGAAGGCCGGUCAACGUCACCCUUGAUAUUUUCUCAGAGGAGAUUCGCUUCUACGAGCUGGGUGACGAGGCCAUCGAGAUAUUCAGAGAAGAUGAGGGUUUCAUCAAGGAGGAGGAGCGGCCUCUUCCUGAUAAUGAGUUUCAGAGACAGGUGUGGCUGCUUUUUGAGUACCCAGAGAGCUCAGGUCCUGCUAGGAUUAUUGCCAUAAUCUCUGUCAUGGUCAUCCUGAUAUCUAUUGUCAGUUUCUGCUUGGAGACCCUCCCAAUUUUCCGCAAUGAUGAUGACAAUAUGCACAAGUCUCACUCGAAAGUCUAUUCACCUGAGACCAAUACCACAACCAUCAGCUAUACAUCCACCUACUUCACUGAUCCCUUCUUCAUCUUGGAGACUCUCUGCAUUAUAUGGUUCUCCUUUGAGUUUCUAGUGCGCUUCUUUGCCUGCCCCAGCAAAGCAGGCUUUUUUGGUAACAUAAUGAACAUCAUAGAUAUUGUUGCUAUCAUCCCUUACUUCAUCACUCUUGGCACAGAGCUCGCAGAAAAGCCAGAUGAUGGUCAAGCAGGUCAGCAAGCCAUGUCUUUAGCCAUUCUCAGGGUCAUCCGCUUAGUGCGAGUGUUUAGGAUUUUCAAGCUCUCACGUCACUCCAAGGGGCUUCAGAUUUUGGGUCAGACCCUAAAAGCCAGCAUGCGAGAGCUCGGUUUGCUUAUUUUCUUCCUCUUCAUAGGGGUCAUCCUUUUCUCAAGCGCCGUCUACUUUGCUGAAGCAGACGAGCCCGAGUCACAGUUUGAGAGCAUCCCAGAUGCGUUUUGGUGGGCUGUGGUGUCCAUGACAACAGUCGGUUAUGGUGACAUGGUCCCAACUACAAUCGGUGGCAAGAUCGUGGGCUCCCUCUGUGCCAUUGCGGGUGUGCUGACCAUCGCCUUGCCCGUGCCUGUCAUUGUGUCCAACUUCAACUACUUCUAUCACCGCGAGACUGAGGGUGAAGAGCAGGCGCAGUACCUACAGGUCAACGUGCCCAAAGCCGAUUCAGCUGAGGAGCUGAAGAAGAGCCGUAGCGGCUCCACCAUCAGUAAAUCGGACUAUAUGGAGAUCCAGGAGGCUGUAAACAACAGCCGCGAGGACUUUCAGGAGGAGAACCUUAAGACGGCCAACUGUACGCUGGCCAACACAAACUAUGUAAACAUCACUAAAAUGCUCACAGAUGUGUAGUCAGCUGCUAUUUUCCUUCGGACACAGCCAGGAAAUGUGGAGCAACUGGACGGGACAUGUGUACAGCCUCCAACCUCACGUGUGCUGGAAAUAUCAAGGCAAUAGAAAUAAGGAUGUUGAUGACGAUAGACAGCAAAGAAAAAGAAAUAUUACAGGGACCAUCCGCUUGCUCCUAGCUCAUCCUGUCAUCACUUCUCACAACUUGCCCUUAAACUUCCUGAAAACUGUCAAACAGAGUGACAUUUCAAAAUCUGCAUUUCUGCAUGGAGUUGGCUUUUUGUGUGUCUGUGUGUGGCUGUCUAAAAAUGUCCUGCUCACAACAGUAGCCAACAGUAGUGCACAAAAAUGGGAAAAUACAGCAAGUUUAAAAAAAGAAAAAGAAAAGAUGUAUUGCUUUCAAAAUGAUAAAAAAAAGCAACACAACACAAGCCCUGCUAUAUACCCCUCGGUCCCUCAUUUCCCAAGGCACACUGCUCUGCCAUGUAAUUUCUGAAGAGUCGUCCUCGCUCGCUACACAUGCUGCUUCCUGGAGCCAAUGUAACAAAACUGUCAUUUACUCACACCAUUUAGAAAUAAGAGGAUGUGUGAGCGUGAAGCAAGCUCACUCCAACGCUGAAAUGGCCUGUGGGUGACUUGUGACUAAGGUGGUGGUUUAGUACACCAUGUUAUUACAAGGAUGAAUGACAGCCGUCGGCGCUUAGCUUAUGGUUCGACACCUUUUUUUCCCAGCAGACAUCAGUAUCUGAUGAAUGACUGAGAAUGGCCUUGACUUUUCACUGCUUUGGUCUUACAUGUACUGUAUGUAUUGCAAUGCAAGCUUUCCCCCUUCCAUUCACCCAAAACUGGUCUUACUGCAGAGCUUUGAAGACCACUUGAAUGUUUCUUCUCGAUUUGUUUUGUUGUUUGACACGGACAGACGCACGCACGCACGCCGUACCAAUUCCAAUAGAUAGGUAGGUUAACUGUGACUUAACUGAUAGUCGGUAGGUGCUGUUAGUAGUAAACAUAGACAGUAGAUUAAUGCAUGACAUUUUUAUCUGAAUGAGAAUUUCCACUCGUUUCUCCACUGCCACUUGCUUCAUUACAACACUGUAUAUUUGUCUGUACACUGCCUUCUAUACAAAUCCACACUUUAAAAAGGAUGCCUGCAGGUAACUGAUAACAGAACCUAAAGCUGUAUGUUAGAGGAUUUUUCUAAGGAUUGAUCACCAUGCCAAAUCCUACACUUAUCAGGAUGCGGUGUCCUCAUCGAUAUUAACAUUCCAUGUAGAAGUCAUUGCGUUAAUGUUUUUCCAGGUCGCUGUAAACAGCUGGGCUGGGAGCUCAGGCGUAAACUCACAUUCUAGUUUUGGACAUGAUUCCAGAAGCAGAUGUGAUAGACUUGCAAUGCUGUCUGGUUCACAGUUUGUCACACGAUCACGUCCUCAUGAUCAAAAUAGCAACUUUUAAGGACUUGUGUAGGCUAAAGAAUAAUGCUUUCCCCCCAAAGCCUUUUCAUCUGGAUUUACACUAGUGUUGCAUGACCUCAAAAACAUUCCUAGAAGCAUGCAUUUAAGGUCAAAGAAAAAAAGUACAAUUACUACAAUAGAUAUAUGUAUUUCUUAUAUAUACAUGUAUAUAUAUAAUAUAUGUAUACAGGCAGGACACAUAUACAGUACACAUAUACCUUUAUUGGAGAAUUAAAAAACUUUAAAUAGCAAUGUUUAAGAGAAAGCAAGAGCCUUUCCACAAUGUGCAAAUCAUUGCCAUGUUUUUAGUUUUAAUGACAAUAAUAAUUGUUCUGAGCACAGUUUCUAUUUUCUCCUGUUUUAAAAGCCUGUUGAGAGUGCUAAAGGACACACUCUUACUUGCCAUUUCAAAAGCAUAUUCUUUGCUAGAGAGUUUCCAGCAAACCUGACACACGUUUAAAUACAAAAGGUUUGCUUCACUUAGUAUAAAAAUGCCUUCUGUGAACUAAGUGUUGAAAGGCAGGGCAAAACUGUAUCAUCCCUAACCAGUCUUAUAUCAGAACGAUUUAUGUUGCCGUUAAAAUGGUCCGAAUUGAAAUGGAGUCUGGCUUUCCUCUAAGAAAGUCUUUGAUGCCAGAAGCUCAAUCUGUCUUUAAGAGUUGGCAUCAGUUGUGAAUUAGGUUCUGAUUUUAGGAUUGUGUCCAGCUGAGAUUAACCCACAUUUGCUCAACACUGCCAAGGAACAUUCAAAGGCAGUAACGUCAAUAUGGGAAGUGUUUAAUUAGCAGCAGUGUAGCAGAUAUUGGCUAACCUAGGGGUCCUCCGACUUCACUCCAGAGUCUCUUGCCUUUCUUCAUCUUUUCACAGAUGUCUAAGGUAAUUAGAAAGGUGAUGGAUUAUCUGUAGCAAGAAUUGUCUAAAAGAAUUUUGUCAUGCCAGGAUGUACAUCUUUAUUCUUAGGGUCUCAUUCUGCUCACUACAGUACUUUAACCUGCAGUAGCAAAAUGUUUUUAAGCCAUCGCUGCCAAUAUAUGCUCAGGAUGCCUCGUCCGACUGCCUGACAUGAGGCUUCUGAUGUCUCUCUGUCCAGAUUUGUGUCCGCUUUCAUGUAUCUCAAAAGGAUUUUUAGAGAAUCUUGGUGAAUAAUCUGGAGCAGUUAUAUAUGUUGCUUUCCCAAAAGUAGCAUUAAGGUUGAAAUGUUAAAAUGGUCCGUAACUCGAGGUAGGACCAGUUUAAAUAGUUGUUUAGCAAUAUUCCCAUAAUCCUUUGGUGGAGGGGUCUGUGUGGAGAACAUGUGUUUGUUAAAAAAAGAAUGAAGCUUAAUGGAACUCCACAGUCCAACCAAGAUCUAAUUGAUCAUCCUUUAAGUAUUGAUGUGGGUGUGUUGAUGCACGGCUAUGUAGGAGGUGUGUGUGCGUGUGUCUGCGCGCGUGUGUGCGUCCGUGUGUGCGUGCGUGUGUGCGUGCCUGUUAAGAGAGAGCCACUGAAUGUCAUGGUCUUGGUUGUACAGCUACAUUUAUGCAAGAGCCAUUUGAAUAUAUCGGUAUAUGUGUAAAAAAACAUAUUCGUCUAUGCAUGCAAAUGCAUUGUAUCUUAAUGUCUUCAUUCCAUUUUUUGCACAUAUAUUUAGGAUAAAUGUUGCAGACACAUGCAACAUUUAUCUGUUAUGUUUGAAAUUGGGCACGUCACUGUACCUCAGCCACAAUCACUGUAGCAACUUAUAGACUCUUAGAGUUCACAAUGUUCUAGUUGAAUAAUGACAGCUAUUUCUGCUUAAAGCACAAAGACGAGUAGAAUCAUCCUCAUCUGUAUACCUGCAGAUUUAAUCUGUGAAAUGUUUUUAUUCAGUGGAAACAAAGUCAAUUCAAAUGAUGUUGUAUUGCUUGAUAAAGAGCACCACCGCCUCUAAAAAUGAAAAGAAAAAAAAAGUCAUCUCUCAUGCUGAGGGACCCACCAGCAAAUUCCCUCCCUGAGAAGGGUGCCCAACAGUGAAUACACUGAGAAAUCUAUGCAGAGAAUGAUUAUUAGCUGGUAGUUGAGAAGGUUUACAUACACAUUUUAUUUCUGUUUUAUUCCGGCACCAAUUACAUGUUGAUCCUGAGAGCUGACAGCGCAUUUGAAACAAACCUUUCAAGAAGAAGAAGACUUUGCAAUAUUCUGCUGCUGUACGUCAAACACUCACACGUUGGCUGAAUGGGACUCUGAGCUUUCUGAAUUUGUGUUUGUUUGAGCUGCGAUGUCAGCUCUUUGAGGCAAGGCUCCUACAUAA